UGAGAAAAAAAAAAUCAGCAGAGAUCCAUUGUCAAGCAGAUUGUACACACGCCACGUACAUAAUUUGAAUUACAAUGAAUUUAAAAAAUAUUAUCGCACUUUUGUGUGUCGUAUGUUUGGUCGAGAAAUGUAGUAGCAUACAGAUUGAGCAGUCACCAGAGACAUCAAAGAAAACAGAAGAUCAGACACCAGAGACAUCAGAGAAAACAGAAGAUAUAACGGAGGGACUUACUCAGGUGGAAAUAGACGCAAUUCUGGAUAACCGUGUAACCGAUGAAUGGAAAGAGAAAUGGCAAGUUAUAUUCAACAAGUUCGCCCACAAAAAGCGGCAUAUGAUCGACGCAGCCGAAUUACAGAGCCUACUAUUCAAUGAGUCAGUCGGAUUCAUCCCCCUUGUACAAGCAGGAAAAUUAGUAGCUAUGCUUAACCGAACCCCAAAAGCAACCGUUAUUGGAUUCGAACAUUUUUCAACUAUGAGUCCGAUAUUGGACAUUUUGUCGACGAGAAAAAUGAAAAAAUACCCAGAAUACGGAAAUAGGGCUAUUUCGGUAAAAAGAUGCAAUAGAAUACUCUGGAAUAUAUUUAAAGAAACACUAUUUGAAACACAAGAAGAAGCUUCAGAAAUCACCAAACUAAUGGGUCUUGGAGAUGAUGAUGAAAUAGCAAUGAAAAAUGUCGAUGAACUAGUAGACAUGUUGAGAGCUACUGAUGAGUUGGACAACCUAUUCAAAGCUUUUUUCAAAUUCGAUAAGAACAAAGAUGGAAUCAUUAACGACGAAGAGUUGUUAAGAAUAAUAACACGUUAUAAUAGUGACUACACCAUAGAUAAUGCUGUAAUAGCGAUACAAAAAUUUGAUAAAAACAAUGACGGUGUAGUUGAUUUUCCUGAAUUUUUGAGAAUGAUGAAGCUUCCUUUUAGCGUGGAAAAGAUGUUUAAGGAUGAGUUUGAUGAAACACACAUAACCAGACAACAACUCAAUAGUUUAGUUAAAAAAGCAAUCGGAGAUGUUCUUGAUGAGGACACUUUAAAUGAGAUAGAUCCUUCACAUGAAAACAGAAUAACUUACAACGAUAUUGAACGUUUUUACAUACGUCGUUAGUAAGGAAUACACUCUACACAAGCAUAUUAAUUCAAUUUACUGAAAAUUUCAUUCAUACACUUUAAUAGGAAUAAAUAGUUGUCAAUAAUCAAUAAACUGUUUAAAUAAGCAA